AUUACUAUUUCACAAUGGACACCGACGAUGUGGAAUCCUCGAGCAGUAGCACAAUGUCGAGCCUAAACAGUCUGUUUUCCUUCACUAGCCCUGCGGUGAAAAAACUGCUCGGUUGGAAGCAGGGCGAUGAGGAGGAAAAAUGGGCCGAAAAGGCAGUGGACAGUUUGGUAAAAAAGCUCAAGAAACGAAAAGGCGCCAUUGAGGAGCUCGAACGUGCCCUAUCCUGCCCGGGACAACCGUCCAAGUGUGUUACUAUACCGCGGUCACUGGAUGGACGACUUCAGGUUUCACAUCGAAAAGGGUUGCCGCACGUGAUCUAUUGCCGGGUAUGGCGUUGGCCCGACCUACAGAGCCAUCACGAGCUCAAACCAUUAGAAACAUGUCAGUAUCCAUUCAGCGCGAAGCAGAAAGAAGUUUGCAUAAAUCCGUAUCACUACAAGCGCGUUGAGAGCCCUGUACUGCCGCCUGUAUUGGUGCCGCGCCAUUCUGAGUUCGCGCCGGGCCAUUCGCUUCUGCCAUUCCACCAGAUGAACGAGCCAAAUAUGCCGCACAAUGUGAAUUACUCGAAUACGGGCUUCAACAACUCGCAUAUGGGCGGUGGAGGCGCAGGCGGUGGUGGAGGAGGUGGAGGAAACGGCGGUGGUGGUGGCGGCGGUGGAGGGGGCGGUCCUAAUUCUCCUAUUUCCUCGCACAUGGGUCCGAACAGUCCGAUGUCGUCCGUAUCGAGCCCGGGACCUAUCAGUUCCAACCCACAGAGCCCGUACGGUGCACUACCGGAGACGCCACCACCAGCCUACAGUCCACCGGAGGAGGGAAACACGGUUAGCGGCGGUCAGGAUGGUAACCAGAUGGACACGAAUCAAAUGCAUGGCGAGGUUGCACCGGUGAGCUAUCAGGAGCCACCGUACUGGGCUAGCAUAGCGUACUACGAGCUGAAUUGCCGUGUUGGCGAAGUAUUCCACUGCACCAAUACUUCCAUCAUAGUGGACGGGUUUACCAAUCCGUCCAAUAAUUCGGACCGCUUCUGCCUCGGACAGUUGAGUAAUGUGAAUCGUAACAGUACGAUCGAAAACACAAGGCGCCACAUCGGUAAGGGUGUGCAUCUGUAUUACGUUGGUGGUGAGGUGUAUGCGGAGUGUCUCUCCGAUUCGGCCAUCUUUGUACAAAGCCGUAACUGCAACCAUCAUCAUGGGUUCCAUCCGAGCACGGUAUGCAAAAUUCCGCCCGGCUGUUCUCUAAAGAUUUUCAACAAUCAGGAGUUCGCACAGUUGCUGUCACAGUCCGUCAAUCACGGCUUCGAAGCGGUGUACGAGUUGACUAAGAUGUGCACGAUACGCAUGAGCUUCGUCAAGGGUUGGGGAGCGGAGUAUCACCGACAGGAUGUCACCUCAACGCCGUGCUGGAUCGAAAUUCACCUGCAUGGGCCCCUGCAGUGGCUCGAUAAAGUGUUGAUGCAAAUGGGUUCACCGCACAACGCGAUCAGCUCGGUGUCGUAAGAAAGAGGGAAGGGGCUCAAAAUUAACUCCUGCUCUACCUUUAAUGAUGGUAACGUCUGGGAAAGUACAGAUGUGUUAGUGGCUCGGUUGCGGAGAAAGUAGAAAAACCCGCUCUUCACACCGACACUAACGAUAACUAACGUUAGAUACAUGUAAUAACUGAUAGUAUCGUAGAUAUUAUGAAUGAAAAUGAAUCAACUGGUCGAUGCCAUUGUAAAAGUAACGAUUAGAUUUCACCAGACCUAGAGCGAGGAAAUCAGCAACUUGAGAAAGAAGGAUGAUUAUUUUCUGAGCAACUUAUAAACCACAUUAAAGCAUCCAAUUCGUUUUACAAGAAGCUAGAUACAUUAAUCGUUUGAACGCUUUGUUUCGUUUAGUAUAGUACGGGUUCGCUACCAUCCAAGGGUAUCAUUUCGAUACAGGAUGAGUAAUUUCGACGCUAGAGUGAAUACUAUAUAGCGAACGCAGCUAGAAUAGGAUUGUGUUUGUAAGGUUCUUUAUAAGUUUUAAUCGUUAUUUUAAACCUGAUUUUUAAGCAGAUGACAGAAUAGAUAAGUUAGAUGCUGUUUAGUUUUAUACGUGAUAAGCAUAUAUUUUAGCCCGAUCUUUGUACUAGAACAGUAAAGCAGUAGUAUGUAGAGAACAUAAUAGUAGAUUGACGCUCCGUCGUUUCACCCGAUUGUUCCACGGAGAGGAUGUAGACACCAGGAUUACUCAAAUCGCGUGAGUUUGAUGGUCCAGCUGUUACGGUACUGCAUACUUACUAUACGCUGUGCGAUAUGCACAAGCUGUCCUUGUUUCUCUCGAGAAGAAUCGUUAUUUUUGUGGACUUAGACACAUUUUUUAUAAACAUGCUAAUCAGCGUCAUUAUGAGGAGCUUCGUUUGUGAAGUAAUAAAGAAUGGCUGCAGUACCUGUGGGGUGAUUUUGUCCCAGAAGAACGAACAACAAAAGAAACAUGUGUGCAAAUAAAGCAUGUUUUUACCAUGUGCCGCAGUAACCGUCGGAAACAUGAUCAUUUGCUCGGUAUAAUCUUGUAAAGAGGAAAGAGUAGCCUUCAUGCAAAAUUCACGCUUAGGGUUAAGUGCCUGCUUACCACACAACUUUUGCGACAUGUGCGUUAAGUCAUGCGAGUGCAAUUUAUUUGACGGCGAGUUCCAUAAAGAGAGGAUAGUUUAUGACGUGAUAUAAUUAUUCUGAUGCCAUCAAGCAAUCGUGCAACUACAUUGAAUAUGUUUUUUUAAGAAUAGCAAGAUGCAAUUUAUCGUUUAUAUCGUGGCGUAUCGGAAUCGACCUUUCGAGCACUGCAUUGAAUUUUGAUUUUGAUUUGCUUAAAAGUAAAUUAGCGAGAAAUGCUCUUACCGUGUGUA